AUGGUGCCCAAAACUACACUUAAGCUGCUGGAUCUUGAUGCUGUAACAACAAGAGAAGAUGUUGAAGAGGCAGUUAAGAAUAGCCUGGUUUAUCAUGGAGACAUCAGGGUCACGAUCACCAAACCAAACAGGUGGGGACACGUCUUGACUUUUGCAGAAAAGAGCGAGCGAGAUGCCAACAAGCUGCUAGAAACUUCCCGCCUUAAAGUGGGCUGGGUCAACAGCCGAAUAAGGCAGAGUACCCGAGUGGACCGCUGCUAUAAGUGCCUUGGAUAUGGGCACCAGUCCAAAAGUUGUAAGGGGCCAGAUCGAAGCAAACUGUGCUAUAAGUGUGAAGCAGAAGGGCACAAGGCGGCCACUUGCACGUCCGAAAAUCGAUGCGUGCUAUGCGCCGACUUGAAGGAGGAAAACUUGCUACUUGAUCAUGUCACUGGAUCAAGUAGUUGUAGAGUCUUCAGAGAAGAAUUGAGUAAGGCCAGGAAGAUCAAAAUAUGA